AUGGCCUUAAAGCUUACCAAGCGGGGUAUAUCCAUAGCACUGGGGACCGAGAAAGUUCGCGGAGUCGAAUGUAUAAACUAUAUCCAGCAAGGCCUCGUAGCUGGCUAUCGCAUGAUUGAUUCCGCUCAAGCAUACCAAAAUGAAGAAGAAAUCGGGCAAGCCGUCCGAAACUCGUUGAUACCUCGCGAAAACAUCUUUGUGAUAAACAAGAUCUCUAGUGGAUUUAAGAAAAAUCCGCGCAGCGUCAAGGAAGCAUCAGACUCUGCGCGAGCCUCUAUUGACAGACUAGGACUGUCUUACGUAGAUCUAUUCCUCAUCCAUCAACCUGGCGAUAGUGCAGACGAUACGGCAGCAGAUUCCCGGCGUGUAACCUGGCAGGCCCUGGAGGAUCUGGUUGAGGAAGGCAGCAUCAAAAGCAUUGGUGUUUGCAACUACACAGCGGAGCACAUCUUGGAACUACGGCAGUUUGCGAAGAUUUAUCCACCAAGAGUCAAUCAACUAGAGCUCCAUCCAUGGUGCCAGCAGCGCAAACUUGAAAGCUUUUGCAGAGAUCAAGGAAUUGGUAUUCAGGCUUAUAGUGCAAUUGCUCGGAACAGCCACUCAUCGCAUCCCGAACUUUGUGCAUUGGCAACCAAAUACAACAAAUCGACCGCCCAAGUUCUCAUUCGGUACAGCCUUCAAAAGGCAUGGACACCAAUCGUGAAAUCGACAAGCCUCGCUCAUCUCCACGCCAAUUUGCAAGUGGAAAAUUUCACCAUCUCUAGAGAUGAUAUGAAAAUGUUGGAUUCGUGGGAUAAGAAGAUGGAGGGAUCUAUACGUAUGUGCUUGGAGAGAAUUCAAAUGCCGAAAAUUAACAGCCCGCCAGUUCCAUGGUUGAUAAAUACGGCCGAGGAGUAA